UGCAGUGGUGUCUGAAAGCCCGGAUGGAGCAGCCAUUGGGGAAGUACUGGGCUUUAACGUAACUGAAGAGGGCUCCUCUCUCACUGGAAUUAAAUCGUCAAAGUAACAGGCGACGAGGAACCGCAUUCCAGUUCCGCGACAUCCGUUCAUUGACUCGUUACCUUUGCUCGAAAACAAGCCAAAGGACUUAUUUUGGACAUUGUUCGAGCAAGUUUGUGAAGGCGCACAGCGGAGCUGCUAGCUUGCUACACGCUCACUAGCCGACAUUGCUAAGUGGAGCUGAGAAGUCCAGCUUGUGUCAACUUGCCUUCAAAUCACGGAGCUUGAGAUCCAGUCACAAGGUCAAGCUCGGUGAAAACAAAUCCAAGGACUUGCUUCAUGAAUUAUGUCUGCCGCAAGCAUUGACCCUCAGCGAUCAAAGGGACAAGCAUCCAAAGUGCAAAAUGGUUCGCUUCAUCAGAAAGAGACUGUCCAUGACAAUGACUUUGAGCCAUACCUCACUAGUCAAUCAACUCAGAACAACAGCUACCAGUCUAUCACCGAUCCUUACCUUUCCAGUUACUACGCUCCCUCCAUCGGCUUUCCGUACCCCCUCAGUGAGGCUCCUUGGUCCACAGGUGGGGACCCUCCAAUUCCAUACCUCACCCCUUACGGACCCUUGAGUAAUGGAGACCAUCAUUUCUUGCCGGACACAGUGUUUGGCCAGCCGGGUGGCCUUGGAAGCAGCAUUUACCCUCACAGGUUUAAUUUUUUCCCCGAGAACCCCGCCUUCUCUGCUUGGGGCACAAGUGGCUCCCAGGGCCAGCAGACUCAAAGUUCAGCCUAUGGUGGCAGCUAUAGCUAUCCCCCAAGCUCUCUCGGGGGCACCCUGGUGCCCGAUGGUCAGACUGGCUUUCACAGUGACACACUCAACAAAGCCCCUGGUAUGAACAGCCUGGAGCAGGGCAUGGUUGGUUUGAAGAUUGGAGGGGAUGUCACUGGACCGGGGUCAGGAGUCAAGGCUGUAGGGUCAGUGAUUGGUGGGCCAGCUGUGGCAGCCACGGGGAAUGGGGCCACACCCAUUGGAAUGCCCCUGCCCAAACCCACCUCUUGGGCUGCUAUUGCCAGCAAGCCUGCCAAGCCACAGCAACUGAAAGCUAAGGUAAAGCCAGGGUUGAUCAAUCCUGGGGGAGCUUUUCCUCCACCCCCAAUCAAACACAACAUGAACAUUGGCACCUGGGAAAAGGGUCCUGUAAAUAAAGUUCCCACGGCCCCAAUGCAGCAGCAGCCUCUUGGUCUGCCUCACACCAUGCAACAUCAAGCCCCCAUGCAGCAAGGACCCAUGCAGCCUCCCCCUCCUCAAUCUUUGGUACAUCCUCAGAUGCAACCCAUGACCUUACAGCACCAGCCCCCCCAUCACCAGCAUCAUCAGUCACCUCCUCAGCCCUACCAAAACCACACCCAGCCACCACAACCCCAGACCCGAUGGGUGGCCCCACGAAAUCGCAACCAGGGCUAUGGGCAGGGAAUCCUUAACCAUGACGGUAGUGGGAUGAUGGGUAUGGUUGGUAGCGGAAACUGUGGCCCCCAAGCCUGUGCCAGCCAGGGACCUGGUGGCGAGUCACAUCCAGUGCUGGAGAAGCUUCGUUCCUCCCACAGCUAUAACCCCAAGGACUUUGAAUGGAACCCGAAGAAUGGACGCGUUUUCAUCAUCAAGAGUUAUUCUGAGGACGACAUCCAUCGCUCCAUCAAGUACUCCAUCUGGUGCAGCACAGAGCACGGCAACAAGCGACUGGACUCAGCCUUCCGGGCAAUGAAUGGCAAAGGCCCCGUGUACUUGCUGUUCAGUGUCAAUGGCAGCGGUCAUUUUUGUGGCGUGGCGGAGAUGCGUUCACCAGUGGACUACGGCACCAGUGCUGGUGUUUGGGCACAGGACAAGUGGAAGGGCAAGUUUGACGUUGACUGGUUGUUCGUUAAAGAUGUGCCUAAUAGCCAGCUGCGCCAUAUUCGCCUGGAGAACAACGACAACAAGCCAGUGACUAACUCCCGUGACACCCAGGAAGUUCCGUUGGAGAAGGCCAAGCAGGUGCUUAAGAUCAUCGCCACCUACAAACACACCACAUCCAUCUUUGAUGACUUUUGUCACUAUGAGAAGAGGCAGGAAGAAGAAGAGGAGGUGCGCAAGACUUUUGAACCUACACCGAUACAGAGCCGCUCUCGGUUGGAUCAGGAGCGUCAAAACAGGAGUAAACAAUAGGGGACAUUUAUCUCUGGCGUGAUCAAGUUACACUAGGACUCGAUUGAUUUAAGAGACAGAAGAAUAUGAAAUGCAAACAAGCUCUUUGUUUUUUAAGUCAAUUCUGGGAAUUAUCUGCCAUCAGUGGGUUUGUCUUUUUUUUUUUUAACCCGUGUUCCCGCCCUGCCCCACCACUUGACACUUAUGUGUUGUUGCAGGGGUUUACCAGCUGAUUCAAGUAAUAUUAAUUCCCACCACCCACUUUAAAAUAAAUGUUUUAAUAUUUGUCUUAAACUUCUCACCAUCCUAUACUUUCACCAGUCCUGCCCUCAUGCUCUCCUCUUCUCAACUGAAUCAGGGUUUGACUGCAUCAUGGAGAAAAAAAUCUGCCACUUUAUAUAUUUCAGUACAAUCAAGAAUGGCCAUGUCCUACCCCUAUUUGUCCACGUGGGGGCAGCAUUGCCAAGUUUUAGAGGUUUAACUGUGCCAAACAGGGUUGGAGCAUCCCAAAGGCAAUGUACAACUUGGAACUGAGCGAAAAUAAAACUUCAAUGAUU